UUCUUUAUACAAGGCUCGUGUCUGCAGCUGGCGAAUCGUUCUUCUGAAUCAAUUCUCCGGCGCGGUUCGUGGAGCCUUCGCCCCGUUUCCGCUGAGCACCUGACCUUUGGAGACAUGAUGCUCUUAAAUGCUCAUGCUGGGAGUGGCGGCCUAUGCUGUAUCCCACCAUCUCUUGAUCAGAAACAUGUCUCUCAAUACAACAAGCACACCCGGAUACACUUUCGCUGCCAGCGGAGGAGCUGCCGGUGCAUCCGACGUGGCUGACCCUAUCUCUUACCUUUAUCCUCAUCACUCUACUGCAGUCGCAAAGUCCCUGAUUCAGACCGCUCAGGCUCUCGUCAAUCCACGAGGAAAGGGCAUCUAUGCCACUGAUGAGACUAUUGAUGGCAUUGAGGCCAGACUAGUCGCCGCAGAAGGAGAAUUGAAAGUCUAUACAGAUGCUCAAAAGCAACAGCGCAGACGGCGGUGGAGGGAGUGCCUGUACGAAUCACUUCCCACUGAAUAUAUUUCGGGUGUCAUCUUGUACCAUGAGACCCUUCUCGACUUCCAGCUGGGCCCUGUGCUGUCGAACAGGGGCAUUAUUCCCGGCAUUCGUGCUGACACGGACGCGCAUCCUCUUCCAAUUUCUCCCUCAGAACCUGCUACUCAGGGUCUUGACGACCUUCUACCUCGCCUACAGGCAGCAGCAGCAGCUGGAGCCCGUUUCAGCAAAUGGCGUGCCCCGAUCCUCUGCAAUUCGUCAUCCCUACCCACUCAGGCUGGUCUCGAAGUCCAGGCUGAAAACCUUGCUCGCUUUGCUGCUAUCAGUCAACAAGCUGGUCUAGUUCCUAUCGUGGAACCUGAUGUUGACUUUGCUGAAGAUGCAGACCUCAAGAAGAGCAUCGAGGUCCACGUGAAGAUCAUCAGUAUGAUUUACGCGAGAUGCGCUGCAUAUGGUGUGCUGCUGGAGGGUUCUUUGAUUAAGCCUUCCUUCGCGCAACCUGGCCUCAAGCACCCUUCGCGUUCUACCACGUCAGUUGAGGAGAUUGGCCUGGCCACAGCUACAAUCCUUGCUCGUUCAGUCCCUGUCGCAGUUGCAGGUGUCGUCUUCCUCUCAGGUGGUCUUUCUGACUCUGAUACAGUGAAGUACCUCAACGCGGUCAAUGUUGUCGCCAAUAAGGCUCCCGCUAACUCUCCUCUGUCUCGUCUACCUCAUCUGACGUUCUCAUUUGGACGCGGUCUGCAGGGCGAUGCUAUGCAGAAGUGGGUGAAGGGUGAUGAAACUGGUGCACAAUCUGCGUUUGAGGCCAGGGCUAAGGCUUGCUGGCUCGCAGCGAAAGGCGAGGCUUGAAGCCCUAAAUAUUGGAUCUC